GUCAAUAUUUAUAACCCCAGAAUCACAUUCUUCUUCAUCAUUUCUCUUCUACCAUCAUAUUCUCAGCUAAAUCGUUUCACAUUCGCAACAAAAAUCAAACCUUUGCUAGUUCCUCUUCUAGUUUUCAUCUUCCAGGUUGGUUUUUAGGUGAAAAGAUUUGUUCUUUUUUGAUGGGUAUGGUUGAAACUGAAUCCAAGGAACCAUGUGGGGUUUCAAGUAGUGUAGCUGAGAAUGUCAUUGUUGAAGUUGAUGGUUCAGAGAAGGUGGAGGAUGAGGUUAAGGGGGGUCUUGGAAGUUUGAAAAGUGGGAAGGAGAAUGGUGCUGGAGAGAAAGGUUUGAGUGAUGAUGGUGUUGUAGUUGUUGAAGUUGUUAAGAGUAGUGUUUUCGAGACUGAGGUUUCGGUUUUGAAGGAAAAUGAUUCUCAGGUUGUGGCUGAUUCUGAGAUGAAUAAUGGGGUGUCUUCUGUGUUGAAAACGGGAGAAAGCGAUGGAGGUGUUGUUGAUGAGAAGUUUGAUUCAGAGGGAAAAGACGAAGAGGGGAAAAAAGAUGAAGGUUUUGAUGAGAAAAUUGAGACUAUUGAGGUUCCGAUUGUGGCGAUAAGUGAGAACAUUAAUUCUGAGGAAGGGAAAAAAGAUGGAAAUUCUGACGACAUUGUGAAUUUUGAGGUACCGAUAGUUGAGACGAAUGAGAACAUUGAUGUUGGAAUCGAUGAUUUGGUUGAUGAAAAGUAUGAUUAUUCUGUUGGUGAUUUUGUUUGGGGUAAAAUUAAGAGUCAUCCUUGGUGGCCAGGUCGAGUUUAUAAUCCGUCCGAUGCGUCGGAUUUUGCUUUGAAGCUGAAACAGAAGAAUCGGCUCUUGGUGGCUUACUUUGGCGAUGGAACAUUUGCUUGGUGCCAUCCGUCGCAAUUGAAGCCUUUUAAGGAAAAUUUUGAUGAUAUGGUGAAACAAAGUAGUACCAAAAGUUUUACCUAUGCUGUACAAGAAGCUGUAGAUGAGGUGGGAACGGUUCUGGUUAAGAAGAUGAGUAGUCUGUUUGUUGCGGCCGGGGAAACUGAGUCUGAAUUUGCUCCAUUGCUAGCGAAUAAUGCAGGAAUCAAGGAAGGUGUUUUUGUGCCUGAAAGUGGCAUAGAGAGACUUUCGGCUGUUGCAAUCGAACCGGCUGAGUUACUUUCUCAAGUGAAACAAAUUGCUGAAGUUGUUGAUAUUGCCAGUGUUCUUGAGCUGGAAAUAUUAAAGGCUCAGCUUUCUGCUUUUUAUUUCUCGAGAGGAGGAUAUAAGUUAGCUUGUUACGAGGAUCCCAAACGGGUUAUUGGACUUGAAGAUAAAGAUGAUGUAGAUAAUGCUGUGGAAGCACCGUCCCAAGGGCCAUUUGAAGAGGACUUCUCUAACCUGCCGUUGAGCCCAAAAUCAGGUGAACUGCGUCCUUCCCCUGGGCUUUCAGGAAGUCGAUCGAACCGGAGAAGAAAGCAGAAAAGCAUUGCUGACAUUAUGGGGGAGGAUAACGAUGCUGAUGCAAAAGAUAAGGAAGAUGACGUAAGUGAUGAUGAAGUUCUUGAUGCAAUUAGGUCAAGGGGUAGAAAGAAGAGAAAAGAUAGUGAUGAUGCAGUGACACCUAAACCAGCUCGCAAGAGAAAAGAGUUGAUUAUCGAAACUGAUGGAAAGUUUGAAAUGGCCAGAAAAGAAAGCAGUGAGAGCAAGAAGAAAAGUGAGAAUGGCAAAUCGCGGCGUUUGAAAAAGAAAAAAGAAGAGGCUGUUGACAAUGAAGAGAUCAGCGAUGAGGGGAAUGAAAAGGAAAAUGAUGAAGGGAUGUCGGAAGAACAAAGCAAGAAGGGUUUUUUGUCAAGAGAAAGAAAGAAAAGCAAGUACUUGUCGCCUCCUUUCACUACUUCAAUCACGCUUAUGAGGGGAAAAGUGAAACCAGAAGCUAGGAGUGCUGGCCCGCUUUCUCCUCGACUUUCGAAGUGUAACGGCAAGGCACUUCAAGAGUUGGAGCUUUCUGACAGCUUGAAUGACCAAACACAAGAGGAUGAGAAAAAGACUAUUGAUCCAGAGAAAGUUAAGGUUCCUUCGGCUGAAAUUCUGUCCAAAAUCCGCAAUGUAGCUGUUAGUCCACAAAUUUCUAGGGAGGGCGCUUCUGCUGCGAAAUUGGAAGAUUUUAUUUAUGUCAUGAGGAGUUCUUUGUAUCGUGAAGGAUCGUUACACAAAGCAUACAACAAAAGUCGACGUGGAAGGAAGAGAAGUAAGCCGGAAUCUGAACUUGAUCAAUCUGCUCACGUAACGCCGAUUGAAGAUUCUGAACCAGCUAAGAAAAGAAAGAAGACAGCUACAAGCAUUUCAGAAGGGAAGAAGAAGGCUCGUGAAACCGAGACCGGCGGCAAGAAAGAAAUUGAUGAAAAAUCUUUGCCAGCUGUGCUUUUUGUGUCGUUUUGGCCCGGGUCCACCCUACCUACAACGUCUGAUCUUGUGGCAGUGUAUCAAAAGUUUGGAGCUCUGAAUGAAGAAGAAACCAAUAUGUUCCUUACUAAUUAUACUGGUCGAGUUUCUUUCCUAAGAACCUGUGAUGCUGAAAAGGCAUUGAGCGAAUCGCAAAAGAAAAACCCGUUUGAACCUUCAGAAGUAACUUUUCAGCUCCAGUAUGUUUCCUCUGAUGGAUCCAAGUCUGGAGCACAACACACUGAAAGAUCAAAGAAGUCCAAACCUUCACAGGACAAGAAGGAAGACAAGACUCCGACUCAGAAGAAAGACAAGACUCCGACUAAGAAGAAAGAUAAGACUCCGACUCAGAAGAAAGACACGACUCCAACUCCAACCAUACAAUCUCUGUCAGAUGGUAAUGAGGCGUCUAAACUGAACUUCAUAAAAGAAAAACUUCAAGGUCUGGUCUCAAUGCUCGAAUCAUCUGACGACAAAACACCUGAUUUCAAGACAAAGAUAGAGAGUGAGGUGAAAGGUCUUCUGGAGGAGGUGAACAAGAUGGUUGAAUCUACUUCGUCGUGAAGAUCCACAUUGGUGAGUGGUAAUUGUGUAGUCGAUGAGUAUAAUGAAGAUAGGUUUAUCAAAAGUCUUUUUUACUAUGCCAUAUACUAUAUCAGGUUAUGUUAAUUUGAUCAUUGAACCAUUUGCAUGAUUCUUCUUUAUAGAGAUAUUAAUAUCUUGUUAGAUUA